CGUGUGGAAAGCUUGUUUGUACACUUUUUUUGUGCAUAAUUUGAGUAAUUGCGAUUUAUUUUGACUGCUGAUGGUUUACAUUUGCUCUACAAAUAUGUACACUGGCCAGUUUUGAAAUACACACGGCAUCACUAUCUUCAUCGUCAUCCUUGAAGAACUAUUCUCAUCUCUGACACUCAUGUUGCACAGUGGGAGGGAUUUUCGAAUCGAUCCGAAACAGAGUGGGAGGAGCGCCGCAGCACAAACUUAAAGAGGAGGAGGAGGAGGGAAAAAAAAGAAGAAGCUUUGAACCGAUCAGUCGUGUUUCUGUGCCCGGAAAGUCAGCGCGGAUCAGACGGCAGAGCUGCGCUUAAACUCAAACUCUGUAUCUAAGAAUUUGCAGUCAUUUUUCUCGGAGUCAAAGAAAAAAGAAAAAAAAAAAACAACGACAAAAACGGAACAGCCAGAGCGGCAAAAUGAAAAAGUCAGAGAAAGGAAAAAGUUGAAACUUCUUCAUAGAUUUUUUUUUAAAUUAUUACUAUUACACUGCUGCUUCAGUGAGAGAAACUGCAUGCAGUGAGGGGCGAUGAGGCUGUGAGCGUGUUCACACAAGGCAGCAUCGCGCCCUUUACUCUGCAUCCCUGCUCGCUGUUUUGCCGUGCCAAAUGACUGUCUCCAGAAAACAGGAUUUACACUCGUCCGGAAAUUCGGAUUGUUUUCAGUAAACCCUCCUCAUGCUCGAAGACCCCCCUCUGACAAACAUGAACAGCAGCUCAAAGUGCCACGGACAGCAUUCGAUUGCUGGCCAAGGCAACAAACCAAUAACCAUCACUUUCUUUUCGCUCGGAGUGGUGGGCAACCUGCUGGCCCUCUUCAUCCUCUUAGUGCAUCAGAAGGAGAACCGCUCCCGGUCCUCGGUCUUCUGCAUCCUGGUGACCGGCCUGGUCCUCACUGACCUGCUGGGAACCUGCCUCCUCAGCCCACCCGUGUUCAUCUGCUACGCCCACAACAUGUCCUUGAUCGGCCUCGGCGGGGAGAAGCUGUGCAACCUGUUCGGCUUUGUGGUGAACUUCUUCGGACUGGCGUCCACCCUCAUCCUGUGCGCCAUGGCCCUGGAGCGCUGCAUGGCCAUCAGCCACCCGUAUUUUUACUCGGUGCACAUCCGCGCCACUUUCGCCAAAGUCGCCCUCUUUUUCAUUUACCUCUUCUCUUUGACUUUCUGCCUUUUGCCGUUCGUCGGGUACGGCAAGUUCAGGCAGUACUGCCCAGGGACGUGGUGCUUCAUGGAUAUGGGGGACGCCCCUGGCACCUGGGAAGAGCGUGGGGAAUUGAUCCUGGCCUUCUCUCUGUCCUACUCCUCGCUCAAUGCGCUGCUGAUCUUCAUCGUGUUCGUCUGCAACGGCUCUGUGAUCGUCAGCCUGUGCAAGAUGCACCGCAGCCACUUGAUGCGCCGCGGCUCCGUGGUGUCAGUGGCCCGGAAGAAAAAGCUAAGCUUGGCCUGGUUCGGACGCGGGGAGGAGGAGAUGGACCACGUGGUGCUGUUGGCGCUCAUCACGGUCAUCUUUGUGGUGUGCUCCCUGCCUCUGACCAUUGCCGGCUUUAUGAAUGCCGUUAAGCCAUUCUCUGGAGACAGCGAAAACUUCAGAGCGUUCCGCUUUUACUCUUUAAACCCCAUCAUGGAUCCUUGGGUCUUCAUCAUUUUCCGCAAGUCGGUGUUUCGUCACCUCUGCUCCCUGCUGUCCUGCCGGUUCGGCAAAGGAGACGUGAAGUCGAUGGAUCACUGCGCCUUGUCUUUCCCACUCGACCACUCCAUACCCCGCAACCCGUGAGCACAGGAGCUGCACUUACUGACAAAAGUGACUCUUUCCCAGCGCAAGCUCGUUAGCAGGGAAGGAGGGAGUAGUCCAGGCGGAGAGACUGUCUGGUCCGAAAGACGGUUUAACAGACCUCUGGAGUGAGAGGGAUCUUGAAUGUACAGCUUGUAUUCAGGGACAGAUGAUUCUCUGAAUGUGUCUGUCGCCGUCAUUCCACCUCAACACUGCAAAAGGAGUCGUGCCAUAAACCGAAGCCCAACUGCUUCGAUCAGAGUGAUCAAACAUGCACUCUGAUAAACUGUUGUGGAUAUUUAACAUGCAUUAUUGUAUGCUGUCACUUUCCUCACAACUAUUUUCUGAACACACACACACAGUGAAACUUUUGACCUCUACCGUUCAUUUGAAGCAUUUGACCUCAUACUGCAGCCAUCAUCAGGGACAGGCCACUUCAGAUAAGCAUGUCUAAUUAAAAUGAGCUGUGUGUAGAAACCGGUGGGGACUUAUACAGUACGAUUGAGAACAUGUGCAACAAACUCAAGUGUAGAGAAGUCGAAAUACAAAACACACAGACCGAAGUUGCUUUUGUUCGCCUGCUUUACUUCAUAUCAAACUCUGCUCAGUUCGUUUUGUUUUCGAUGCUCCAUCUCACCACACGUCAACUCGUAUCCAGAAAUAUGCGAUGAAAUGAAUCCGCUCAUUUAGGUUGAUUCGAGUUAUGUUAAAUACAUGCUAGUAUCACCAUAGUUAUGAUGGAGAGCCGCCACGCUGAGUUUGUAAAACAUUUUCUGUCUAAAGCAG